CGCACGUAGGGAAAGCCGAGCACGACGGCGAGGCUGACGUUGCCAUCACGGGAGAGAGCGAGAGAAAAGAGGAGCAAAAGCUGAAAGCCCACGCCCACGCCACCCUGAUAAGACGAGAGGGACGGUGGAACAGUUGAGUCGCGUUGCGUUGCCCACCCCCCGCCGCAACUCUCUCAUCCAUCGCAUCCCACCCCAUCCCAUCCGACUCCUCCACACGCGCUUCGCGCCUCAAAUAGCACGGGCAAUGGCAGCGGCGCGGCCGUGUUGCAGCAGCAGCAGCAUCCACCGGCAGCCACGCCUCCUCGUCCUCGCCGCCUGCGCGUCGCCCACGCCGCUGCAGCUGCUGCUGCUGCUUUAGCCGUCUCCGACUUCCGUUCCGAGGCGAUCGCCGGCCGGAUGGGUGAUCUGGGCGUACGGGUUGUGGGCAGAGGCUGCGCCGCGCCCAUGGAGCCGCGCAAGGAGAUGGCGCCGCCGCCGCCGAUGGAGCAGCACCAUCCUCCCCUGUUCAUGGAUUUCUCUCGUCGAGAUGGAGUCGCAGAUGGCGGCAACGUGCGGAAGCGGCCGCGCGAGGCCGUGGCGCCGCCGGCACGGCUCUUCUCCCUGCAGGCGCCGCAGGGUUCCCCGGCGCACAAGGUGAUACACCUGGCGCAGCUGCACCGGCGGCCGGCGGCGACGGGCCUGCGGCUCGACUUCGACGAGGGAGGCUCGGAGCACGUGGCGUGCACGUCGUCGUCGCCGUCCUCCGUUCUCCCCGGCGAGCUCGCCGCUCAGUGCGGGCAGUACAGUAACGAGAUCGACCGACUGCUCCAGGAACACGCGGAGAGACUCCGGCUUGCGCUGGCCGACACGAGGCGUCGGCAGAACCGCUCGCUGCUGGGCGCCGCGGAGGCGCUGGCCGCGCGGCGGGUCAGGGAGAUGGAGGCGGAGACCUUCAAGGCGGCACGGCGCGGCGUCGAGCUGGAGGAGCAGCUGGCGCGGCUGAGGGCGGAGGCCGCGUCGUGGCAAGCCAAGGCAAUGUCCGACCAGUCCACGGCGGCCGCGCUCCACGCGCAGUUGCAGCAGGCGGCGGCCACAGCGCAGGCGAGGAGCGGCAAGGCCGCCUUGGACGACGACGGCGCGGCGGGCGCGGCGGACGACGCCGAGUCUGGCUUCGUCGACCCGGACAGGGUGGUGGAGGUCAUCGCGCCGCCGCCGGCGGCCAGGCCGUGCCGCGCGUGCCGGCUGCGGCCGGCGUCCACGGUGCUGCUCCCGUGCAGGCACCUCUGCGUGUGCGACGCGUGCGACCCCGGCGUGCCGGCCGCACUCGCCGGCACGGCCGCCGCCGCGGCCUGCCCCGCGUGCCGCUGCCCCGUCACCGGCACCGUGCAAGUCUUCUUCGCGUGAGACGGGUCAGCCGCCGCUGGAUCAUGAAACUGGGGCCAUGGAGAAAGCUGUAGAACAGAUCAAGACAGGGUGCAUAAUUCCUUCCUCUCUUUGCCCUCCCGUGCUAGUGGGCUGAUCCUUCCAUCCAUGAUCGCUUCACCUCUUUUGCUAGUGAUGCUGUAAAUCAUUACUGCUGAUUUGAAUCUUGCGUGACAGUUUUUACUGCUAGUAACAGAUUAAUUAGGUUGA